GGAAGCUUCUCAACACCUUUUGUUGACUGGGCCAGAAUGCCUCGAGCGCCAUCCUCUACGAAGCUGAAGCGGGCGAGCGGGGGCGCAGCGGCCAUGCGGCACGAGCCGCUCCAUGCGCAGAUCCAGUCCGAUGAGCAGACGAAGCGGUUCGGCACGGUGAGCCAGCCGGGUAGGCGCGCGCGAAACGAGGUCGGCGGCGUCGUCGGAGACGAUGAUGAGGAAGAGGAAGAGGCGCUGGUCGGGACGGGCAAAGGAAUGGUCCGGUCCAGUCGCGCAGGUGGAUCCAUGGAGAAGGGGACGUCUAAGUUUGUCGAUCCGAAGCUCAGCCGAAACAUUCUCAGGCUGGCCAGGGCGCAGCAGGACGAGAUUGAGGCGGAGGAGGCCGAGGCGAGCAGACCUGGUGGCACCGCGCAACGUCAGACGAUGAGGGAUGUGCACAAAGCGAUGGACUCAGACGACGAGGACGCGCAAGGAGCUAAGGGCAGCGAGGAAGACGAUGGAGAGCUGAGGUCAGACGAGGAGGAGGUCGAGGAGGAGUACGAAGAGCUCGAAAUCGAUCCGGAGGAUGAGGAGCUGAUGAAGCGCUUUGAGGGCGGCGAUGCGGGAGAGAGAAGGGGCAACAAGACGCUGGCAGACAUCAUCAUGGAGAAGAUCGAUGCAGCAGGGUCGUCUGGCGCCACAAAGGAGGGUAUCCAUGAGAGGGAGCCAAGAAAGGUCGAGGGAGCCAUGCCCAUGCCGCCGGGCAUCAAUCCCAAGGUCAUUGAAGUGUACACCAAGGUUGGAGAGCUGCUGUCGCGGUACAAGUCUGGGCCGCUGCCAAAGGCCUUCAAGAUCAUUCCCUCGCUGCCGGCCUGGGAAAACAUUCUCUACAUCACCGACCCAUCGAGCUGGACACCGCAUGCCACGCUUGCAGCGACGCGCAUCUUUGUGUCGAAUCUCAAGGUGCACCAGUCGCAGCGCUUCUUCAAGCUCGUCCUUCUCGACAAGGUGCGCGACGAGAUUGCCGAGUCGGGCAAGGUCAGCUACCAGACCUACGAGGCCAUCAAAAAGGCCGUCUUCAAGCCGGCAGCAUUCUUCAAGGGCUUCCUCUUUCCCCUCUGCGAGACGGGAUGCACGCUCAAGGAAGCGGCCAUCGUGUCGAGCGUGCUGACGCGUGUCUCGAUUCCCAUCCUUCACUCGGCCGCCGCGCUGCUCCAUCUGGCCGAGAUGCACUACGCAGGACCGACGUCGCUCUUCAUCAGAGUCCUGCUCGACAAGAAGCACGCGCUGCCGUACAAGGUCGUCGACGCCCUCGUCUUUCACUUUUUGCGCUUUGCCGACCCAGACAUGGGCGUCGAAAAGGCAGAGGGUGGCGGGCGGAGAAUGCCGGUUCUGUGGCACCAGAGCCUUCUCGUCUUUUGCCAGAGAUACAAGCAGGACCUGACCCCGGAUCAAAAAGCUGCCCUAUUAGACCUGCUCCGCGUGCAGCGUCACGAUGGCAUCGGACCAGACGUCAGGCGAGAGCUGACCACGGGCAAGGCUCGCGGAGAGAUGCUCGAGGAGCCGCUGGAUGAGGAUGAUGACAUGUCUAUCUAGUACGAGUGAUUCUUUGUUUUUUAAUACAACUCGUCAAACGGUCUC